AUGGCUUAUGACUCGUCGGGGCAGUAUUCGCAGUCUAUGUAUCCACACUCCAACACUCUUCAGACUCCAGCAUCAAGCCUACUCCCACCAUCCUAUUUGGACUCUGUCGCCAACGAUCCAGCAUCUGUAUCUCAGGACUUCACAUGCACAGCGUUCUGGCCGAGGUCGGAUCUUUCUACGCCCUCCGUUGACCAUCCUUUCCCUGCAUAUCCAAAUCAUAGUUCAGUACCGGAUCCCCACCUAUACUACUGGCCCUUCUGGAACCCUUGGAACCCUUGGGAUGCCAAUUACUGGUUUCCCGACCCCCAAGAGUAUCCCAGCAGCUAUUUUCUUCCUCACCAGACGGUUUGGGAAACAACUCCAUUUGCGUCCACCCAGGAUACCUUACAACAACAAUCCAGCUUACCAUAUCUACUCGAAGGCACUGGUUUUGGCACGGGGACCAUUGACCUGAGCUUCCUGCCGCCCGACGAAAGAUAUAUUGUUGAUUUGAGGCGGAAAAACAUGAAGUGGAAGUCUAUUCAAGUCGGGCAGGAUUCGAAAAAGGAAUAA